AUGAAGGCCUCACUGAUUGCAACUCUUGUCGGCGCCAGCAUUGUGGCCGCAGAGUGCCCCUCCACCGGCUCGACUGAUAGCCAAGGACGAUUUAGCUGCAACCCGGCUCACCAGUAUGGAGGCGGGCAGACCUGUGAGCAAAUCGACGGCUGCUUCUAUCUCCUCGGUCCUGAUGGCAAGCCUGUCAUCAACAGCCCGGCUGAGCCUUCCGAGACUGCUGCAGCCUGCCCCUCCACUGGCUCGACUGAUAGCCAAGGACGAUUUAGCUGCAACCCGGCUCACCAGUAUGGAGGCGGGCAGACCUGUGGUCAAAUCGACGGCUGCUUCUAUCUCCUUGGUCCUGAUGGCAAGCCAGUCAUCAACAGCAGCAGCACGACUGCCCAGCCUCCCGUCGUGACCGCGGGUGCCUCGUUUCUGCAGGGCGCUGGUGCCCUGGCCUUGGCUGUCUGUGGUCUUGUCUUGUAA